AUGGUGGGGAAAAAGGUGGUGCCAGGACAGAAUCGUGGGGAAACCAGGGCACUUUUCCUGGGCUUGGGAAUGGUGGCAUGCUCAGUGCUGAUGUAUUUCUUCAUUGGGACCACCAUUGUGCCAAAAUACAAGAGGAGCAUCUGGACCAAAGAGAGUAUAUGUGAACUGAUGAAAGCAAGCAUUAAAAAAAAAGUUCAUUGCAUAUCCAACGAUGACUCCGGAGAGGAAAAUAUCUUUCGUUACCCUUGCCUAGAAGUCAAGGUCAAUUUGACUGUCUUGGGACAGACGGUAAUGCUGUAUCACACAGAAGAUACCUGGAUAAGAAAUAACAAGUGCUCCUACAUUCCUGACAAUCUGGAGAAUUACGGUCAAGUUCAAAAGAAAGUGGAAGGUAUAAAAACCAAUUUCAGAAAGACCAAGAUAUUCACUUGUUUUUAUGACCCAUCAAGAGCAGAAUCCAGCGUUCUUUUAGAACGACUGUACUCGCCUGAUGGACUUGUCGUUGCUUUGAUAUGGCCAACUUUAAUGAUGACUGGUGGGAUCUUAAUUAUCGUCUUGGUUAAAUUAAGUCACUAUUUGUCAGUACUCACUGCCUCACCAUACAUAAGACGUAUAUAG